AUGGCAGUGGCUGAGGCACAGCUGUAUGCAAAGGUGUCCAACAAGCACAGGAGCAAGAGCCCCUCUGGACUCCUCGAGUCCCUCCUUACCAAAGGAUUCCCUGCUCAUACCGCGCAAAAAGCCUUGGCUGCUACUGGACAAAAGACAAUAGAAGAUGCUACAAAAUGGUUGCAUUCUCACUGCAAUGAUCCCUCUUUGGACGACCCCAUCCCUCAGGAGUAUGCACUUUACUUGUGUCCCACCGGCUGCUUGCAUAACCACCUGGAAGAGUUUUGGAAGGAGAGCAAGCGCCAGUGUGGGAAGAACAGAGCGCAUGAGGUUUUUCCUCACAUCACUCUUUGCGAUUUCUUCACAUGUGAAGACCAGAAAGUAGAAUUUUUGUAUGACACUUUAAAGCGAGUUGGUGACAGCUUCUCCCCGUGCUUUCCACCAUCCAUUUCUCUGUCACUACAUGCAUCCACCAGCUACCUUGGCUUCUUCAUUGAUGACAGUCAUGGAAGUAUUCUCAAAGAGUUUGCUCUGGCAUUCUCAUCCGAGGCUUCAGCCCUGGCAGAUUGUCAUGUGAAGCCCUAUCUAAAGCAGUUCCACCUUACCUUGGCUCACAAGUUUUAUCCUCACCAUCAGAAGACUUUGGAACAAUUGGCCAAAUGCAUCAAUCCAAAGGAGACCUGUCAGUGGGUGGCUGCUCUCUACUCAAGGGACAUGCGUUUUGUUCAUUACCAGACCCUGCGGGCUCUCUUCCAGUACAAGCCCCAGAACAUUGAUGAACUCAUGAUCAAGGCUGGGGACCUCAUCUACGUUGACCCAACACAGCAGUCUAACGUCAGUGAGGGAUGGGUGAUCGGGACCUCGCAUCGGACCGGUUGCAGGGGCUUUCUUCCUGAAAACUACACUGAGAGAGCCAAUGAGUCAGACACAUGGGUUAAGCACAGGGAAUAUGUUUUUGCAACAGCUUCAAGAUUCCUCACCCAAACUGAAAAUGAAUCUAAUGUAAAGCUGCAUAGAGAAGUCCAAAAUGCUAGCACAUCAAGGAGUGCAACCAAUGUAUUUUCUUUUCAGCUGUCUCAGAAUACUUCCCUGAGAAGAGGAGUGCUGGUGAUUCGCCAUGGGGAAAGAAUUGACCAAGUCUUUGGCAAAUCUUGGCUUCAACAGUGCCUGACUGCAGAUGGAAAAUACUGCAGACCAGAUCUGAACUUCCCUUCCACCCUGCCGAAGCGGAAAGACAGUGUGAAGCAAUUUGAAUGUGACCCUCCUUUAUCUUGCUGUGGUAUUUUCCAAUCAAGGCUUAUAGGGGAAGCUCUGCUGGACCAGGAGGUGACAGUCAGCAAUGUGUACUCAUCACCUGCACUCCGCUGCAUACAGACAGCCCAACAUGUGCUGCAGGGGCUCAGACUAGAUGACAAAGUCAAAAUCAGGGUGGAACCAGGACUGUUUGAAUGGACCAAGUGGGAAGCAAGCAAAGUAAUUCCUGACUUCAUGACGAUGAGAGAACUGGCAGAGGCAUCUUACAAAAUAGACACAAGUUACAGGGGCAGCUUCCCACUUUCUUCUCUGGUGCCAUCAGAAAGUUAUGAAGAAUAUGUAAGCAGAAGCUCUGUGGUAAUAAAACAGAUCAUCACUGCCUGUUCCAGCAAUGGUGUCAUCCUCAUUGUGGGCCAUGGCUCUUCCUUGGCAUCUUUCACUCGCCCUCUGAUAGGGCUCCCUGCCAGAGACAGCAGUGACUUUGCCCAGGUGGUACGAAAGGUCCCUUCGCUGGGCAUGUGUUUCUGUGAAGAGAUUAAAGAGGAGAACAAAUGGCAGAUGGUCAACCCACCAGUGAAGACAUUAACUCACGGAGCAAAUGCAGCAUUUAACUGGAGAAAUGGUAUCAUGGAAGAUUAG